AUGUCCGAGAACAAUAAGAAGAAGAAGGACGCGAAGAAGGAGAUGGAGAUUGUAGAGAAAAGCGAGGAGAAAAAUAUCAGGCAAGUGUCUCUGCAUUCUUCGAUUGAAAAGUUUGUCCCAGAGAAGGGGAAAUGGAAGCGUUGGGUGAAAAGACUCGAGACGACGUUCAAGCUUUUCGCCAUAACUGAAGAAGAAGAGAAGAAGAAUAACAUCCUCCAUUACAUGGGAUUGGAGGCGUAUGACAAACUGAGUGAUGAAGUGUUGCCACAAGAGCCCGAAGAUCUGGCCUACGAUACAAUUGUCGCAAAGUUGGAGAAAUACUUUGACCCGAAACCAGUGGUGGCGGCAGAAUGCUUUAAGUUUCACACCAGGAUGCAGCACGAGUGUGAGACAGUCACGGAAUACAUGGGAGAACUGAAGAAGUUAGCGAAAUACUGCGGUUUUGGGUGUAGUGUUUGCGGACAUUUGAGCAACACUCUGAUGAACCAGUUCAUCGUGGGAGUGAAGAAUCGAGCCAUACGAAAUAGACUCAUGGAAACGCAUGAUCUCACCAUGGAGAAGGCUCUGGACGUCGCUACGGCCAUGGAAGCAUCGGACAAGUCUAGCAACGUCAUUGCGGGGGCCGUGACAAAGCCGGCCGAGAUUGAAGUCGAAGUGAAGAAGCUGGAGAAGACGGAAGAUGAUGUCUGCAAGGUCUCCAGUGGCGGAGCGCGUCGACCGCAAGAGAGACAGGAGAAACCUUCGGGUUCGGGAUGCUGCUAUCGCUGCGGAUUGGCCACUCACUAUGCCAACAGCUGCUUUCACGCCAAGACAGUCUGUAGGCAGUGUGGCAAAACUGGACAUCUGCAGAGAGUCUGCAAGCAAGCCGGGAAGAAGAAGACGGAUGACAAAGCACCGCAGGGAUCGCAGGAGGUUCAUGGCAUCGAGGGAAUAUUCACCGUGGAGGAAGAUCACGUGGAGAAGGUACUUAUUGAUGUUAAAGUAAAUGAACAAUUGUUACAAUUUGAGAUGGAUAGCGGUUCGGCGAUCUCUAUUGCGGGUAUCGAGUUUAGAGAUAAACACUUUCCACAUGUUCCGAUUUCAGAAACACAGAGGAAAUUUGUAGGCUAUGGUGGAAAGGGCAUUGGCGUCCUGGGUUUCAUCCGAAUCUCUCCAGUAGUUGGAGGAAGAGUGCUCAAGGAUGUAAACUUGUACUUAUCUGAAGAAUCUUCAAGGCGCCCGCUUCUCGGGCGGGAGUGGAUUAAAAAGAUGGAUUGGAUUGAUUGGAAUGUCAUUUUGGAAUUGAAUCAGACUGAAGAAAGUGUUGCAAGGAGUAAAAUUUUCGAAAUGACUGAGAAAUUGAAGAGGUAUUAUGCUAAAGUGUUUGACAAGUCUCGAGGCAAAAUUGAAGGGAUACAGGCUGAGUUAAGAUUAAAAGAUAAUGCCAAGCCAGUGUUCAUUAAGGAGCGAAGUGUUGCUUUCAGUAAGAAGAAGGCUGUUGAGAAAGAAAUACAGAAACUCGUGGAUGAUGGAGUUCUGAGGAAAGUGAAUCAAAGUAACUGGGCUACUCCUGUAGUUGCGAUUUUCAAACCAUCAGGAGGUGUAAGAUUGUGUGGGGAUUACAGUGUGACUCUAAACCCUGAGUUGGUUAUAGAUCAACACCCAUUGCCGACUAUUGAUGAAUUGUUCGCUGACAUGGCUGGGGGAGAAAAAUUCACAAAGUUGGAUCUUUCUCAGGCUUAUUUGCAGUUAGAGGUCAGGGAAUCUGAUAGGGAGUUGCUAACUCUUAGCACUCAUUUGGGAUUGUAUGAGCCAACACGUUUGAUGUACGGCGUGGCUUCGGCAGUGGCGGUGUGGCAGCGGUUGAUGGAAAAUGAACUGAAGGACAUUCCGGGAGUAAAAGUGUUUGUGGAUGAUAUUAAAAUCACAGGUCCUGACGAUCAAACUCACUGGGAGAGGGUGAGGGAAGUGUUGAAAAGGCUACAAGAGCGUAACAUGCGAGUGAACUUGGAUAAAUGCGAAUUUUUUCAAGACAACAUUAUUUACUGCGGAUAUGUGAUCGAUAAAGACGGGAUUCACAAGCACAAGGAGAAGGUGGAGGCUUUGGAGAAAAUGCCUAGACCGACAGACAAAGACGAAGUACAUGCGUAUCUGGGGUUUGUGAACUACUACGGGAGGUUUUUCGAACAUCUCAGCACCGUGUUGGAUCCAAUUUACAAGCUCUUACAGACUGGGGUGCCUUUUAAGUGGACUAAGGAAUGUGAAAGGGCAUGGUGUACCGUGAAGCGAGAAAUGCUGUCGGACAAAUUUUUGGAUCAUUACAAUCCUCAGUUGCCGCUACGAUUGGCUACGGACGCUAGUCCAGUGGGGGUGGGGGCUUGUAUAAGUCAGCUGCAUUCGGAUGGGGCAGAGAAGCCAGUACAAUACGCAUCGAGAUCGUUGACUAAGACGCAGAGAAACUACUCACAAAUGGAUCGGGAAGCUUACGGGAUAGUGUUUGGGCUAAAAAAAUUCUAUCCGUAUCUGUUUGGCAGGAGAUUUACGCUGAUCACGGACAACAAGGCGUUAUACCACAUAUUCAAUCCUAAAAAGGGGAUUCCUCAGUAUACAGCGAUGAGAUUGCAACAUUAUGGUGCAUUCCUCCAAGGAUUUGACUUUGAUAUUGAGUUCCGGAAAUCGGAGGAACAUGGGAACGUGGAUUGCAUUUCACGAUUGCCUCUCAAGGAAACCUCUGGGUAUGAAAUGGAUGAGGUAGAUGCCAUCCAAGUGCAUCUCAUGGAGAGAUUCCCAGUAACUUUCGCCGAGAUAAAGACUGAGACGGGGAACGAUACUGACGUGACGAGACUUAUUGAGGCAUUGAAGACAGGGAAGGUGGUUCCAAAAGAACAGCGAUUUGGGAUUGAUCAAACUGAAUUUGGACUACAACAGGAGUGUUUGGUGAAAGGGAUGAGGGUUUACAUUCCUGCAACAUUACGAAAUCGAGUGUUGAGCGAAUUACAUGAAGGGCAUUUUGGGAUGUCGCGAAUGAAGGCUUUGGCGAGGAACUUUUGCUGGUGGUCUGGGAUCGACCAAGAGAUAGAAGAGAAGGCUCGAAAUUGUUCACAAUGUCAAUUGAGGAAGGCUGAUCCUGUGCAGGAUAAGUCUCACAUUUGGGAAGAAGAGAAAGAGGCUUUCGAGAGGGUUCAUGUGGAUUAUGCGGGGCCUGUACAAGGGAAAUAUUUAUUGAUUCUCGUGGAUGCCUAUUCUAAGUGGCCGGAAGUGAAAGUUUGUGGAAACAUGUCCACUGAUACGACGAUCAAGAAGUUGAGAGAGAUUUUUUCCACACAUGGGCUACCUAAAGUGUUGGUGAGCGAUCAGGGCCGUCAAUUUAUGAGUCAGGAGUUUGAAGUGUUCUGCAAAAUGAAUGGGAUCAUUCAUAAGACGGGGAGUCCUUAUCAUCCAGCUACGAAUGGGCAGGCAGAACGGUUCGUACGGACUUUUAAGGAAAAAUUGGAGAUUUUGAAGGAUGUUGAAAGUCAGGACCUGGAGAGAAAAUUGUGCAAUUUGCUAGUGAUUUAUCGGUCCACUCCACACGCUGCUACUGGAGUCACGCCGAGCUGCCGGCUAAUGAACAGGGAAAUUAGAACACGGCUGGGUUUAAUGCUGCCUACUGAGGAAGUAAAAACACGAACGGUGGCGGUAACACCAGUCAAGAGGGCAUUCGACGUGGGUGACAGAGUAGCGGCGAGGAAUUAUGUACGAGGUACGAAGUGGAGAUUUGGUCGAAUCUUAAAUAGAUUGGGGAAGGUUCAUUAUGUGAUCAAAUUGGAUGAUUCACGAAUUUGGAAGAGACAUAUAAAUCAGCUGCGUAAAGUGGGCGAACUUGUUGAAGAAUCAAGUUCUGGAGAAAGUUCGAUUGAUGAAGAUCAAAGGUUUUGGGCAGUCGAGGAAGACCGAAGUGACAUUCCACAUCCUGAAAAUGAGAGUGAAGUAAGAGAUGAGAAUUCUAAUGAUUCUUCAAAUUCCCUUGAGGGCUUUUCUCUGUACUCUGGUCGGGGAGAGGAUGAAAUUCCGGAUGGUGUGUUGACCGGGUGUCGUAGAACUUGUAGAAUACGGAGGCCGCCAAACCGACUAAAUCUAUAA